AUGGGAGGCUUGGAGAAUAGGGGGGUGGAAGGGGUACCGGAGGCGGGAAAGGAAAGAGCAGUACAGCUGUAGGUGGGAGUUCUAAAAGGGUGGAAAGUGGGAAAAAUGGAAGAAAAUUACAAGACAAUGCCUAAUAUUUUGCAACAAAAAAGGCUCUAGGCUAAGGGAAGGAAGCCCAGAACAAAGGGUAGGGAGCCGGAAAUGUAAGAUAUGAGGGGCGGGAGGUAUGGAUGCCAGGUCAAAAAGGAUUGUGCUUGCAGACUGCUAAGUGGUCACAUAAUACAGGGUAGCCACUUAAUCUAGUGACAGAGGCUACUAGAUGUAAGACUCAAUGGUACACACUUCUCAAAGCUGUUGAACAAGAAAUGAAGCGGCUCCACCUUAUUAAAAGCCCUGUUUGGGAAACUUCUGACAUACAAAGAACUUAAAGAUGGAUAAUUUUCUUGAAACUGACAAAGACAAGUGAAAGGGUUUUGAAAUUCAGAGUAGGGACACAUGCAGCUACCACCCUAAAGGGGCCUCGGAUCUAAGACUAGUAAAUGCUAUUCCUCAUAACAACAACCUUCAAUGAAUAGUAGUAUCCACAUGGUAUGGUACUGCCACCUGUUUAGCUCAACUGCGGAGUGCUAGUCUCCUAAGUGCAAGAGGUCGGGAUUUUAACAUACCAGCGUUAACCAGACCAUCAGCCAGGAACUAUAGCAAUUAACUAAGUAAGAUCAUACUGGCAUAUACCCUGGCUUCAGAAGUCCAUUCUCAAAAUACCUAAGAUGAAGUAAACUGUGCUCAAACUAUCAGGAAUAAGAUACAAAAAAAAUAACCUUCGGAACUCAGGGUAAUACUGACAGUGAUUGAGAAAGUUGAAGAUCAGAAGAUUGCCUCUCAUUGGGCCAAGAUGUUUGGCACGUUGCGUUCUAAAAGGGGACAUAAAAGAGACCGUGAUAUUGUUUGAUAAAGGAGGGGGCAUAGGCCCCAUGUCGUACCAUAGUAUAUAUCUGUGAUGUCACUGAUCUGAAAGGGUGGUUAAAUCUCCUACACAGACAAUUUUAGGAUCAUCAUGCAAUAUACCUCUCCAAGGGGAACACUAAUGUGUGAUGACCGUAAAAACGGCUGCAGAGGAGAAUAGAGUUGAGGGUUAACUGCAUUUUUUUAUCAAAUGCUGAAAUGUGAUUUUACUUCUCUCAGCACAAGAUUAGACAAGGAAAUUAUGGCACCAGUCAUUUAUAAUUUGUGUUUUAUAUUUAAUCCUCUGUAUUUUCUUUAUCACUUCUGUUGUAGGUGAAUGAUAUUAUGGAUGAAAGAAUGUUGGGAGAGGAGGAAACUAGAUGGCUAGUGGUCGGCAUUUGCCUUUCAAAAGUUCUUACACCAGUAUUAAGAGAGGUUAUUAAAGAAGAAGUACCAAAACUAUAUCAAAAGCUCAUUCAACCACCUACAAGCAUCCAUUUACUAACAUUUGCUUCACAUUUAAGAUCCCUUCCACCUUCCUCUCACUGUUUGAACUACAUCAACAUCAACAACAAUGAAACUCGAGGACCACCAAAAAACUAUGAUUACCGUGUAAAGGAUGACGUUUCUUUUGCCAAAUUGUAUGUGAAGCCCCGCAUGGCAAGUUUUACAGCAUUUGAUGAAUCUAUAGAUACCUCUGCUGCUCUUUCCAUUUUAUGUGGGACACCAGUCUUUGUUUAUUAUGGAAUUGAUUUCUUUGCUGCCGAAGUGCGUUCUAAAGUCCGAAAUGAAUGGGGUCACUGUAAGUUUGCCACAUGGACUGAAACAUACUAUAAUAACUGUUUUCAACUGAUGGAAGACCUGAUCACAAAGUUAAGUGACCAUGUGGCUGUUGAUACUAAACAAGUUAUGGCAGAUUUGAAGGAAUGGAAGAAAAGAGGUUGGUAGGAAAUCUUGUUACAGUAAACACACAUUUCAACAAUAAAAAAAAAUAUUAUUUGCCUGGCUGUUAAUAUUUUAGGGAGAAGGAAAGGGAUGAUCGAAGGAUUUUUUGGGGGUUUGAAAUUUAUGAUUUCGGGAUUUUUGGGGGUAGAAAAAUUUUGGCAUGUUUUUUUGGGGGUAACUUGAUUAAGUACAGAUUUUGGGGGGUAUUCAAAACAAUCUGAAGAUUCGUGAUGGUUCCCAUGUAUCCCAGCCACAUAGUUCCGCGAAUAAAAUAGAACCAAACUUGUUUUGUGACUGUUUUGAUAUUUAACACAUCUGAGAAUCUGUAAAUAACUUUGUAGGGUUGUUCGUAAUGUUCUUGCCCAAGGUGGUUUUGUUUAAAACUGUCAUUAUGCAUAAUGUUAUUGUUGUAACAGAAUAUGUUCUUGGGUGUCUCAAGUGUUGUUACAAUGACCACCAGAUGUGUAGCCUGUUCCAGGCGUUCGGAUAGGAGGUGCAAAGGAAGAGAGCAAGAAAAAAAAUACCCCCUACCCCACCCCCUCGUUGUUUUUUUUCCUGCUCACAUCUCUUUGCACUGUCCCAAUGAUCUGAACGCCUGGAACAGGCUACCAGAUGUGAAAAAGGUUCUUACUCCAGAUGGUGUGUUGAAAAUAUUCCAUUACUAAUGUUUCUAUUUUUUGUGUUACAUCAUUUAAUGCUUUCUGGAAAUUUUUAUGGCUUAGAAAUUCAGCAUGAGAUUUUUUGGGGGUUAUAAUGUUGGUCCAGGGAUUUUUUGGGGUUUGGUUUUUUGCCCCCAUUCAAUCAUCCCUGUCCCUUGAAAUCUGGAGUACCCCCCUAAGGUAAUAGAGUUGUAUUGUGCAAUGUGUGAAGCUGUUUUAGAUUAAAAUCAGCUGCUACUUGGAAAAUAUUGUGAUAUUAAAUGUGUCUGACUCUGUAGGAAAGGAGAUGUGUUUCGGAAAGGAGAUUAACAGUGAUGUACUUAAACUUGUUAAAGAUGAGAUGAAUACAUUAGUGACAUCUGUUGAGGUAAACAAGGAUGCCUGGAUGCAGGAUCAUAAGGGACUGAAAGAAAACCUUUGCAAAUUGNAAAUAUUGUGAUAUUAAAUGUGUCUGACUCUGUAGGAAAGGAGAUGUGUUUCAGAAAGGAGAUUAACAGUGAUGUACUUAAACUUGUUAAAGAUGAGAUGAAUACAUUAGUGACAUCUGUUGAGGUAAACAAGGAUGCCUGGAUGCAGGAUCAUAAGGGACUGAAAGAAAACCUUUGCAAAUUGACACAGCUGUUUGGGCUUGAAAUCCAAAGGCUGGAAGCUAAACAUGUAGCUUUAGAAAGCAGUCUUAAAGAACUCAAAGGGGAUCAGGCAAAGAUCACCGAAUCGCUGGUAGGAAACAAAACUGCAACCAAAUCAAAUGCAUCUUUGAUCAAAGAAGUGAAAGGAACUCUUGAGGAGCAACAGAGAGGCCUUCUAAGCCGACAAGAUGUCCUGGAAAAAAUAGUGACUGGUUUAGCACAAGGCGUGGAUAAGCUGAUUUCAAAGAGAAAUCUCUUCUUCAAAACUGGUAAUGGUUUCAGUAAAAAUGUUCAAAAUGUUUAUGGACACACCCUACUCCAUUUAUAAGUGUAUUUGAAUAUGAUAUUAAACGAUUUUUUAUUUAUUUAUUGGAUGAUGUUAUGUCCGGAAUAAUCAAGGUCGAGGUAAUAAUCAAAUAAUCAAAGACUGAGGCUGAUAACACUUACCGAGACCUUGACUAUUUACAGUUUGGAGCAUAAAUUCUUUAGAGUGAUUUUACUUGAACAGUGAAAUAGGUAGUAGAAUUACUAUGCAAUGUUAUGCACUAAUUUUAUUGUCGUCUUUUCUUUACCUCUCGCUAUUUUCACCUAUUUGUUAGUUUCACGGUUCAAGUAAAAUCACUCUUAAGAGCUUCAAGUGAUGAGCUUAUAUAUGCAAUUUUAAAACACGAUUACAUAUUAAUUAAUUCGACCAUUUCUAAGCAUUUAUUUGUAAAUGUCUUUGCUUCCAUUUAACAGGACUUGUGUGGAAAAUCCCUCUUGCUGUUUUACUUGUUUUUCUGCUAGUCUUCUUGUAUGAACACUACACUAGGGGAUCUAUGCUUUGUUACUGGUAUUGUCACAGAGGCUCGCUAAAAGAAGGUCAAACUUUGUCUUUUGUCUUCACCACUCAUGACCGACAGGUACGAACAUUUCUAUGAUUAUUUGGGUAUGUGCUUUUUUCUUAUUAUUUUAACUCUUGCCAGAACACUAGGGUGCAGUCUGGAACACUGGGUAUAGAAAAUCACAUUUUGGGAAGCAUGCCUAACACAUCCCAACGGCAGAAAUACUCCCUCCCCUCAAACAGGAGUCGUAAAGCAUUGAUCCUAUCCAGCGGCAUAUCCUUACUGGUCUCUUACUUUGAGGAGACCCAUUUACCCCUUGGUUGGUACCAGUUAAGACUUCGUCACUUCUCUACUAACCUGAGAUCAGGCCCAAUUUGAGCGGUUCUCAUACAUUCUCUCUGGUCCCCGUUCAAAACCGUACAAAUCUUACUUCACUACCUAGUUAAACUCAACAGCCAUUAUAAUUUACUGUCAAAUGUUUCAUCUUUCAUUCAUGUAAGUAUUACUGACAAUCAAUGCACAAUUACAUAGCAUCAACUUGCAAGCUAGUUAUCGUUAGUGUCAAGUUUUAAACUAGUUUUUGUUAGUGUCAACUUUUAAGAUAGUUGUUGUUAUUGUCAACAUAUAAGCACCAUUUAUUGUGCUGUCUUUAUGUAAUUUACUGUCUGUAAGUACCUGUUUUUGUUGAGACUGCAAAAAAAGGAUUUCGUCACUUCAUGUUCAAGAUGACUUGAAGUGCUCAGAAAACUUAACUAUUUCUGAAAAAUGGGACAAAUUUAUUCUAACGCCUGCCUUGGUUUUUGUUAAGAAACUUACAGUGCAUGAGAAUUAAAAAAAAAAGGGAACAAGCAAAAUCAUGAUCUUCUUUUUCAAAAUAUAUCCAUUUUCAUUUGACCAUUUUUGAAAGUCAAGGUUACAGGAGAUUCCCUGACAACUAACAAAAAAAAAGUUUUGAUAAAAAAAAAAUCACUGGGCUGACAUGUCAUAUUUGAGUCUUGUCUUAAGUAUUAGUCCUGGCUGAAAAGCCAAUGAGAUCCGUUAUUAAGGGAGUUGUUACUUAUAUGCUUUUUGAUGAUUACAGACACCAACAGUAAAUGGAGUUGAGUUCAGUUGGAAGGAUGUUAAAAAGAAACUGAAUCUCUCCUCUGAUCCCCUCUAUGCACCAGGUACUACCGUAAACAAUCAAUAAAUUGUCCUGUUUUUUAGCAAAGACUAGAUUUGGCGUUUGCCAAAAAAUUGAAAAUUUUGUUACCACCAAUUUUUCAUUUUUAUAACCUUGUUCACACCUGAGACAUGAAAUUUUUCGAGUUACUAGAGAAGUCAAUUAAAGGAACUUCAGUUGGUCAUGUUAGCAAUUUGUCACCUGACCAGAAAUUGCAAAUUGUAGGCCUCAAAAUCUACUCAACAGAAUCUUUGAAUUUUGGUGACACUUGAGAAAUUUUGGUGGGUGAAAAAAGGAAAAUCAAAACAAAAUUUUCCAUACUGCAAACAGGGUUUUAUUAAGGGGGAGGCAUUACCAAGGCCUCACCCCUCCCCCAGAUGUAAAUAGGGGUAGCAAAAAGUGGAUGACAUUUAAAGGCAUGUACACAGGUCAAAGUUGAAGUAAAAGUGUUAUUCUUCAAAUAGCAGUUGUCAUCCGUUGAGUUGUACUUUUGCUAUUUUUUUAGGUAAUUGCGCUAUUUCUUCUUUGCAAAAUGUGUGAAAUUUUCUGCCAUUUUCUCUAAGUCUAAAAAAACAGCUGGCCUAAUGUAACCUUUCCCCAUGGUUUCUUGGUUCCAUCCCUUUUUUGGUGGAUAUACUGCACUACUGACAUCAUUUUACAGUAUAUUGCAAACAUCGUCCAAAUUUGGACAUCAUAGCUGGUUAUAAUUAGCCAGGGGAUCUAAGCCUAUCAAAAAUAGAGAAAUAUUUUGAACCAGGGCACACGCCAAAGGAACAUUAUUUAUAACUCCAUAAAAUUAAUCUUGUGUUGGUUCUUUUUUCAAGGUGUUCGCUACUACCUCAACAUAGAUCGCUGUGCAUUCGGUGGCGUAAUAGCUGUUCGCUCCUCAUUAGACAACACACCUCAGGUCCGAGGUGCAGAGGUGUUUGCUGUGACUACCGAUUGCUCUGUGUUUUAUGAAGAGGAUGGAUAUUGGAAACCUUACCAAAGUGCACGGAGAAUCCAAUGCAUGAGGUCAAAUCGAUUAAUUUCGAGUCAGGAAUGUUGCAACCAAUAUUAAAGCAAAAAGGUGAAGGAUGUGUGCGUUGGCAGAAGUGGGC